CUUACAACAUACGUGUUUAUACAUCGUCCGAAAUGGACGAGUUUUUGGGUAAAAAAUAUGUUUUGACCGAUUCGGAAAAUUUUGAGGACUACUUAGUGUAUUUAGGUUUAAGCUACAUAGCUCGAAAAGUAGCACUCAGACUGAAUCAGACUCACGUCCUGAUUAAAAACGAAGAUGGGACCUAUACCUUCCAAUUUCUUUCGACUAUGGCUAACUCCAGCAUUACAUUUAAGCCCGGAGAGGAGUUUGAAGAAGUCAAGGCUGAUGGUGUAAAGGUGAAAGCUCUAAUAGUAUUUGAAGGCAACAAAAUGAUUCACACACAGACAUCACAGACAGAUGAUGGGAAGGUGUCGAGACACGAACGAGAGUUUUUUAUAGAUAAGAUGAUAGUGACCACAACUGCUGAUGGACUAGACAAAAUAGUGAAAAGAAAUUUCAUAGUAGAACAACAAUAACCACAGAGAAGAUAACUUCAGUUCUAGUCAGAUAUGGAGUUCAAUAAUUGUGAAAUAUUGUAAUAAGUAAUUUUUUCAUAGAUGUAUUUUUGAAAUUAAGCUAAGUGUGGUGUAAUAUCACUACAUAGUAUAAAA